AUGUCACUUGGAUGUGAGGAAGCUUUUGAAAUUUUCAAGCAGGACCAUGCUGACAGUAUUAUAACCAUUGAGGGCAACAAACAGCUGCUGAAACAGAGGUUUGCUGAAGCUAAAUGUGUUGGAGAAAAAAUAAAUGAAGUGAGAAAUAAAAUAAACCAUCUGAAAGCAGAGUUAACCCAGAGACACAUUCAGAGAGCAGCUGUAGUUGUGUUUGAAAUGUCAAGCAGCAGUGGUGUUUUUGUAAAAGUUCGCUGUUCUCGGGCAUUGCAGAGCAUUGAUUUUAUUCCUAGAGUGACCUCUAGUGAGGUGAUCGCAAUCAGGAAAAAGAACCAUGGAUUUGGAGCAGCAGCUAGACAAGCAGUAAUGAUCGCCUUGCCACAGUACUUGAGGUUUCUUCUGAGUUAUAAAACAAUGUCCAGUCGCUUCAAAGGGCUGAAGGUAGAGAUUGAGCACGUGCAGCUUCUUAUGGAAAAAGAGAAGAUGAAGCUGCGAAAAGACUUUGAAGUCUGGUGGUCUGAAAAGGCAAAAAAUCUACAGCAAGAAAAAACAGAGAGAGUUAGUUCACCAGAUACUGCAACUGCUUAUCUCCAGUUUAUCAAAUCCUCACAGCAUCUAUCAGCUAACAGAAAUAUCAAUUCAUCAGCCAACAAUGAACGAACUACUGCAGAGUUAGAAAAGCAAGAAUUUGCCAAUCCUGCCAUCUACUGGAAAAAUCCGAAAACUGAUUUUUCAGAGACCACAAGAAUCAGCCUUAAUGAAGAUCCAGCUAGGGAAAACAAUUCAAUCUCUUCUAGUAGCCCUACUUUAAGAACAAGAACCCCACAAAUUGCAAGUUCAUCUAUUCCUCUGACUGGAGACAGCCAGACUGAUGCUGACAUCCUAGCUUUCAUUAAAGCAAGACAGAGCAUCCUUCAAAAGAAGGGAGAUCCUCCGGUGAAGGGACGAAGUGAAACGGUUGAGAGAAUAUGGGAAACAAGUCUGGGAAAACAGAUGUAA